AUGGAUCCGCAAGAGAUCAGGGAUCUGCACGACAAAGACCAAGACACAAGAUGGUUCGGGGUCGUCAAAUCUACUAGUGGUAGAAAAUCAGAGUUUUAUGACUUUGGCCGUUACGGUCAGGUGAUGAUGGAGAGCCGGCCACUCGGUGGCGCCGUGAGAUACCCAAAGCUAGUCUCUUUCAUUGGGGACACUUAUGCCGGGAAGAGCACAAUUGUCAAAGCUCUUGUUUCUCACGGCGGUCUGGUGUCACCCGAGACCGACCGCAAUUCCCUUCAGACUCCGGUUCCAGGUUCCAGGGCCAAUGAAGGAACAGCCACGUCUGAAGGCGUGCACCUUUACGCAGAUCCGGAGCAUCUGGAGGUUGAGAUGCCUAUCCUUUACGCGGACUGCGAGGGUUUGAAUGCGGGUGAGAAGAUACCUUUCGCUGCCGACGAGUCGUCCCAUUCCAGGAAGACAACAAAAGAGUCGUCGCACUCCAAAAGAUCGAUGAAAGAGUCGAGUGGCCCAAGGAAAAUAAAAAAGAGGAUGCCAGGGAGAUCUGUCCCCAUUGAAUGGACAAAACCAAACGAUCCAGUAAAGGGGACUCGAGAGUAUGCCGUCACCAAUCUGUACCCGAGGUUUCUCUAUACAUUCUCUGAUGCCAUUGUUUUCGUCCAGAGAAAUCCGAACCAACUCCACAUCACGUACAAGUAUCUCGUCGACUGGGCAAAGCGCAGUGUCGAAAAAUCGCUGAAUCAACCUAUUCUGCCGAGCGCGAUAGUGGUCCUCAACGCUGUCGAGGUAGCUGGUAAGGAGGAGAGAUGGACGGUCGAACACGCGACGAAUAGUUUUUUUCGAGACGUCGAAGGCAUCACAAGCACCGAGCAUGAUCUCAAAGAGCUCGCGAGAAACUUCGCUCCCGAAGGGGACCGCCGUGGCUUGUCUGCUCGAGAGCUGCUUGAAUGCUACUAUCGAUCUGUCCGCGUCAUUCGCAUUCCUGCGAAAAGCUCCGAGACGUACAACUUGAUCAACAACCAAAUCUUGCUCCUCCGGGAGGAGAUUGUCAGCGUGUGUCAGACCGCUCACUACGAGAAAAGGAUCAAACGCCGGCUGGUCAACGCCGACGACCUGCAGCAAUAUCUUCAAGCAGGUUUCGAGCAUUUUGCCAACGACAUUGAAAGACCCUUUGACUUCAGAAUGGUGUCCACGCGUAAUAAACUCAUUGCCCACGACUUUGGCGAUCACAUUUUGACGUUGGCAAGAACGAUUCACGAGAGUACUCGUCACGAGCGUUUGCAACCGAUAAAGCUCCUCGCUGGCUUAUGUUCGUUGAUAGCAUCAUGCAUUCUGCUCGACUACGUCCGAAAUAACUUGCAGGGCCCUGUGAUUGAUUAUUUCCCGAAAGAUUAUGCGCCCUUCUGCAGGACAGCCUUACACAUGUUCUGCAACGAUGUUAUGCCUUGUGAAUACACAAGUAAGAAAAUUCCCUACUGUUUCAACGUCAAGUCAGCCCACGACAAGGGACACCAGAAUGAGAAGGGCAAGAGAGAAAUCGGAGAGUACAAAUCUUCUCUUAUGGCUUCUUCAUAUGAGAAAGACUGGUUGAGGAAGAUCGAAAACAAUCUGAGGGAGCUCAAUAACGCUUUUAUACAACAGCUCCGCUCGAAGUUUACACUUCAAAGGCGAUCUCGAACUGAUCUUUCCAGCAAUCAGGAAAGUUCCAUUUCAGAGGACCUCAAACUGGUCUCCAGAUUACAUGAUGAGAAGCUUGCCGAGUUCUUCUCGUCCCAGAGUAAAUCUUCACUGGACUUCAUCAGCUGUGUGAGCUGCUUUCGAUGUCUCAUGGCAACGCCAGAACACGCGUUGGAAUGUGGUCACAUCCUCUGCGACUCUUGCAUUCGAGAACACGGAGAGGAACAGGAUGAUCUUAUCAUUCUGGUCGGAAGCUGCCCCUUACAUGGAGGCAAGAAAUACAUGAACUGGGAAAUAGCGAAAAAGCCCGAAUUCGCAGGACUCAGGAUUCUGUGCCUAGACGGGGGAGGAAUCCGUGGGAUCGUGGAGCUCGAAAUUUUAGCUGCCAUUGAAAAUUGCAUCAACAGUUACCAUUCAACCCCUGGGAUUCAAAUCCAGCAACUGUUCGACCUUAUUGUGGGAACAAGCACCGGUGGCAUUGUCGCUCUCGGUUUGGUAGCAGCCCAGUGGUCGGUAUCUGAAUGCACGCACAGGUUCAGGAAUGUUUGUCGGAAAGCAUUCUCCGAACGGGAAUUCGCAGAUACAGUCUUCGAGAAACUGGCGACCUUGAACCACGGGAGUAAAUAUAGGACGACACCAUUACACGAAGUUUUGCAAGAGUCCUUUGGCGACGAUCUUUUGUUUGGGGGGAGGAGUACCGCGGCGAGAUAUGCCACGAAGGUAGCUGUGGUGUCUACGUCAGGUACAGGGAACCGAGCCUUGAUCAUGGCCAACUACAACCGCCAGCAGACCUCGGAUCCCGGUUACACUUUGGAAACCGCCAGAGUUCCGAGCGAAGCAUUCCGUGUCUGGGAAGCUGCCGCGGCAACCUCUGCCGCCCCGUCAUAUUUCAAACCUUUUGUGCGGCGUGGAAGGACUUAUCUUGAUGGGGCCAUCAAUCAUAACAACCCCGUGAUUGUCGCGAAAAGGGAGCGAAGGUUGCUAUGGCCAGAUGUUGAAUCUCGACACCCUGAUAUUUUUCUCUCACUUGGCACAGGUCAACAUGCAGCAGAAAUGACCCGAAAACUGGAGAAGCUCUCUGGCCAUUCCAGAGAGGAUCAUAUCAGAAGAAGACAGCAAAAGGAAGUACCGCGAGACUCUCGAAAGCGCUAUCGAGCCAUCAAGGGCAUCCAAAACUACUUCAGCGUCCUCGUCGACAAAAUUGAUAAUAUCCUCGACACUGAAUGGGCCUGGAAUGAGUUCUACCGCGACACGGUAGGCGAGCAGUGGGCAACGGACUUUGCGUCCCAUUAUGUCCGCAUCAAUCCUGACCUCCGACAAAAGCCACCACCAUUAGAUGCAAAACUUGAAGUGGACAACCUUCAAGCCAGGGUACAUAAACUGCUGAGACAAGCUCCAUUAGCCCGCGAGAUUACAGAAAUUGCGAACACUCUCGUUGCCAGCACCUUCUAUUUCAAAAAGGACGAGUCACAUGUCCGUGGUGACAAGCAAAAACGGGCCUUCGUCUGCUCAGGCCAUAUCCGCUGCAAGCUCGCCCACCAGGACCAGAGCAUCAAAACUCUGGCUGAAUUUCUCCAAAACCACAUCAUCGGGGACUUUGUCCCCUGUUUUGUUGUGAAGAAGCAUUUGACUUCGUCGGACGAACACACGCUCUUCGAUCUGGACAGAGAGUUCCUUGCCGACAUGUACACUCGCAAAGUGUUCGAGGGAGCAUGGAAUGGAGAGAUCGAGCUUUGGGACCGCGAGGAACCAGUCUACAUCCUCUUGCGGCUGAGACAGUCUAACUCGAAGUCGGGUAGAGUCCACACGUGUGACUAUCCCAUCAGUGGCUUCCCGCGCAAAUUUAUCGUGGAGAAUGAGAGGAACGCGUCGAGAUUGCAGAAACGGGUGCAGGAGCUGGCAAGACGUCGUGAAGCCGCGAGCGAGGCCACAGCUUCUUUGCCAUUGUCACCUACCGCCCAGCCUACUCCCCCAAAGUCGUCAAACAACCUUGCUCGGGUAACGACGACAGAGAGCCUGGCGGAUUCAGACCGAGAAUUCGAUGAUGGGCUUCUGUCAGAACAGGUGAUGAAAGAGUAUGAGGUGUGGUCGACGCCAGACUGA